AUGAGCAUCGAUGGAAGCAGCCAGCAAGGCGGGCAAGAUGAUUUGCUUGAGGAGCAAGAGGAGGAAGAGGCUGGGGAGGAGGAGGACCAGGAGGAGGAGGAGGACCAGGAGGAGGAGGAAGUUUUUCCAGGGCACAAACCUCCAAAGAUCUCGGCUGGGGUCGUCGACCUGGACCACAAUUUUAUUCUGCGGCGUCUCCCAAUGUCCAGCGUGAUUCCGGCGUCGGUGUGCGAGCCAGCGACACCGCAUCACAGCUCCAAACCAAUUGACGAGCAGGAUCCCAUGGACAAUCGCCAGUGCAAGACUGACGCGCCAGCAGUGGGCCGUUUUGGAACGUCGAACCAAACCGCAACCAUGCCCAAGAAGAAGCGUUCCCGCAAGUCUGGCAAGGACGCCGAGGAGGAGGAUCCGGCGGCCACUUUCAGGGUUCCUAUGGCGGGGGCCGCAAAGCGUCAAGGGUCACACAAACAAGUGGGACGAUGUGACCACCUUUACACUUACAGUACCAUCACUAGUGGUUUAAACACUCUAAUUAUAUGGUAUCAACAACCGGUCGCAUCCAUUUGA